AUGGAGCCUACCCGCGUGCCGGCGGAGCGCGUGGACAACAUCUUCUUCAAAAAGCUCGGCGUCGAAUUCCGCCUCGCGUCGGCCAAGGACGUGCAGGAUGCGAGUCGGCGCGGCGAUGGACGGCCAGGAUCUGACGGCGAGGAUGACAGCGGCGGGCUUGGAGGGGACGGGCUGUCGUUGCCUCCCGGCGGGCCGCGCCUGGCGGUUUCUAACAAGUUCGGCGUCUCCGUGCUCGCCGGCGCUUGCGGAUUCUACGCGGCGCACACGCGCGAUCUGCUCGUGGUCGCCAUGGGCUACAAGCGCCGCGCCGAGGCGGGCGACACGUUCCUCGACGCGCCGCUCUACGCCGGCGCUACAGCCGUGCGGCGCUACCGCCAGGACGGCAUCACGGCUGUAGCGCUGGCGGCGGACGAGCUCACGCUGGCGGUUGUAGCGGGCGCGCGCGUCGCGCUCUACAGCCUGCCGGCGCUGGUGGCGCCGUCUCCUAUGCUCAAGACAGACGAGGAGGUCGAAACUGUUUUUCAACGCGCAAGCACUUUCCUGCCUCCCCACUUCCCUGCCUCCCCACUUUCCUGCCUCCCCACUUUCCUGCCUCCCCACUUUCCUGCCUCCCCACUUCCCUCCUUCCUUCACCUCCCUCCUUCCUUCACCUCCCUCCGUCCUCUCCUAAAUCCUUCCACCUCCCAUCGCCCCCCUCUUCCCCUUUCUCUGCACGGCCAGGCGCUGGUGGCGGAGGGGGCGGCGUGCAAGGCGGCGGAGGCGAGCGGCGCAGCAGCGCGCAUGGAGAACCCCCCCGCGCCCCUGCACACUGUGCGCGUGGCGGACGCCCUGCAGGCCGCGGGACGGGGCGGAGAGCGAGAAGAAGGCGCGCGCGUGGCGGAGUGGGGGUGGAAUCCGGAGGUGGCGGGGAGCUUUAUGAUGCGCACGGAGGGGGGGGUGGUGCUGGCAGGGCGCGUGGGGCAGGCAGGACUCAAGCUCGUUGCUGAUGGCGCCGCUGCUGCCUCCUGGAGCCCCUGCGGCAUGUUCCUGGCGGUGUGUUCUGCCUCAGCGCGCCUCACCUUCCACUCCGACCUGCUGCAGCCGCUCUUCUCCCUCUCCCUCGACCUCCCCCCCUUGGGCGAUUGCCCUACCUCGGUGACAUCAAUGCGCUGGGUGGCGCCCAACGCGCUGCUAGUGGAGGGGGAGGCGGAGGACGAGGACUUUGGGGAGCCCACGCGCUCGCUCUUCUGCCUCUCCUCGCUGCACGGCAACCUGCACGAGGAGGCGAGCAGCAAGCAGGUGCGCCAGCUGGAGGGGGCGUUUGCCGGCGUGGAGGACGUGCCAGGUGGCGGCAUGCUACUGGCCACGCUGCAGCAGUGGCAGGUGGCGGUGCCGGUGUGUCAGCGCAGCAGGGACUACCACGUCAACGUGCUCGGAUGGUUCCCCGCACCUUCCUCCUCCGCUGCGAGCAAGGAGAAAGAGGAGGAGCAGGAGGGCGGGGGGUGGGGCAAGGCGCGGGUGUGUGAGAUUGCCAACGACCGCUGGCUGGCGUGCAUUCAGAAGCAGGAGAGCGGGGACGACAACCAGGUGGUGGGGGCAGCAAUGGAUGUGUGCUCAGCAUGGGGCGCAGUGAGCCCCAUGGACCCACGGGACGAUGACACGCCGCUGCCCACCACGCCUCUGCUGCUCGCUGUCACCCUCGACUGCUGCUUCUACGCCUUCUCCCUCACGCGUCUCGACAAGUUAGAAGGCCCGUCCCUCGUCCACCCUCCCCUCCCCCUCCCGCCUCCCCUCGCCUCCCUCCCCCUGCUCGCUCCCCCAUCGCCCCCCACCGCCUCCCUCCAGAGCCGCGCCUCCAGCCCCCCCGCCACUCCCCCCCCUACCUCACGCCCCACACUCCCCCCUUCACGCCUCCACCCUGGAGUCGUGGCGGCCCAGGGGGGGGGGAAGAGGGAGGGGGAGGAUGAGGAUGAGGACACGGCUAGCAGCCCAUCCCCGCCGCCCGGUGAUGCAGCUGGGGAAGGCGUGGGGGGAGUGGGGGGAGCGGGGGGGGCGGGGCAGGGGGCGCCAGCAGUGAAGGUGUCCCCCAUGGGGGGAGCAGCAGCGUCGUCCCUUAAGCCGGAUGCCUCACAACCCUUUCUGCAGCGCCUCAUGCAUCCCUCCCCCGCCGCUGCUGCCACUGCUGCUGCUGUGGCUGGUGCUGCCGCCUCUGUUGCUGCUGCCUCUGCCACUGCCCCUGCGUUUUCCCCACCUUCCUCCUCCCCCGCUCCUUUCUCCUCUGCAUUCCCUGCCUUUGGUUCUGCCCCUGCCUUUGGUUCUGCCCCUGCCUUUGGCUCUGCCCCUGCCUUUGGCUCUGCUCCUGCCUUUGGUGCUGCCCCCCUCUUCGGCGCUGCCUCUUCCCCCUUCGCCCCCAAGUCCCCAACCCCAGCCUCCCCCUUCGCCAUGCCACCUGCAAAACCAGCCAAAACUCCCACCGCUGCUGCCCCCCCUGCUGCCAGUUCAGCCUCUCCCCCCGCGGCCUCCCCUUCCCCCCUCGCCCCUGCGCCCUCCUCCACUCUCUUCGCCCCCUUCUCCCGCCCCCCUGACUCCUCCAAGCCCCUCUCUCCCUUCCCCUUCCCCUCCUCCACCUCCAAACCCGCCUCCCCCUUCCCCUUCCCCGCUGCCCCUGCUGCUAAAGAUUCCCCCCCAGCUGCCCCAUCCGCCUUCCCCCCAUUCGCGCCCCCCACCUCCGCCUCCCCCUUCGCCCCCCCCGGCUCCUCCUCGUCGCCCUUCGCCCCGUUCGGCUCUAAGAGCGCUCCUCUGCAAGGCCUGCCUUUCAACGCUCCUCUGCAAGGCCCUCCUUUCAACGCCUCUGCUGCUGCCACUCGUGCUGCUGCUGCUGAUGCUGCUGCUAGUGCUACUGCUAGUGCUGCUGCUAACGCUACUGCUAGUGCUGCUGCUGGUGCUGCUGCUGUGGCGGCAGCAGCAGGGUCGUUGGAUGAAAGACGGUUGCCUACCAAAGGAGCGUUUGUGGUGGGGAGGACAGGGAGGGAGGAGGAGAAGGAAGGGGAAGAGGAAGAGGAGGAGGGAGAAUACGAGGAAGGGGAGGAGUACGAAGGGGAGGAAGGUGAGGAAGAGUAUGAGGAAGGGGAGGAGGAGGAAUAUGAGGAAGAGUAUGAAGAGGGGGAGGAAGAGGAGGAAGAGGAGGAAGAAGGGGAGGUAUAUGAACCAGAAGAGGCAACGCGGCCACCCAUGCCCAAAGCGGAAGCAGUCUUCCCACACCCCUCCACACUCCUCCCCACCGCUCUCUCCCCCGACCAGCGCCGCUCGCUGCUCCCCAAACGCUCCCCUGCGCAAUCCCCCCCACCAGCAGCGGCAGCAGGGGGGGUGAUAGAGGCGCUGAUAGCAGCAAUGGGGGAGAUGAGGGGGAUGAGCGCGGAGGUGCAGGGCGCAGUGGAGGGGGGGCCGCUGGGGGAGAGGCUGAAGGAGGUGGAGGGGCGCGUGAGGGAGAUGGGGAGCGCUGUGAAAGGGUUUAAGAGCGGUGUAGAGGAGUUGAGAGGGCUGGUGGAGGAGCUGAGGGAUGAUAAUUUUAUGGCGGAGGACAGGGUGGUGCGCGCCUCGCACUGGAUGCGCCUGGUCGCGUCCCCCUCACUCACCUCGCUGCACGCCGACCAGCCGCUGCCACCAUCGUUGGAGCAGCAGCGCCAACGCGUACUCGCCCUCAGACAGGAGGUGCGGGUGCGCCUGGCAGAGCUGCAGCAGAUGGCGCAGGAGGAGGAGGCACGGCGCCGCCAGGAGCAGAGGGAUCGGGAGCGAGAGGAGAGAGAGCGGAGGGCGAGGACUAAUCGGAGGGGGCAUGGGGGCGUGUGGCCGGGGCAAGGUGUGGGGUACAGUGGGGGGUGUGGGGGCGAGGAGGAUUUCUCAUCGCUUACCGAUCGAUUUGGUGGGCUCAACGUGGCUGCUGCUGCAGGGCGCCACGGCGCUUCCCCUCCCUCCCCCUGGCCGCCCCUAGCGGCAACAGUGAACGCGCAGCUGGCAGUGGCCUCCCACCUGCUGCACCAAACCGCCCUCCUGCGCUCCCGCCUCGCCCUCCCCCCGCUCCCCUCCCCUCCCUGCGCCCGCCGCCGUGCCUCCCCCGGUUCCUCCCCCCACACUCGCCUUCCCCACCUUCUGGAUGCCCCUGAAGGAGAGGGAACGAGUGGGGGACGGGGACGGGAGAGGGAGAAGCGCAAGGGCGGGUGUGGGGGGACGGGGGUGCGGGGGAAGACGGGAUCCGUGACAGCAGCAGCGAUUCUUGAGUCUCUGGAGGAUGGGGGGGGAGAGGGAAGGGGAGGGGGAUGGGGAGGAGGGGGAAGGGGCGUGUGGGGAGGGGAGGGGAGGCAGGGGGAAGGGGACGGCAAGAGACGAGCGUCUGGGAGGAUAGGGCUGAGUGCAGGGGACCUGGAGGUGGGGGGAGAGGAGGAGGGGGGCGGGGGGGAGAAUGGGGUGGGGGAGAGGAAGGGGAAGAGGGCAGAUGCAAAGGAGUGGGGGUUGGACAGUGUUGGAGAGCGGUUGGGAAGGGGAGGAGGGAGGGAGUGGGAGGGGGUGGAGGAGGAAGGGCGGAGGGGGGGAGGUAGGGGAGAGGGAGGUGCGAUGGGCACUCCAAGGCGCAGCAUGGGUGCCACGAGGAAGGUGGGUGGGGGGGGAAUGUUUGGAGGAGGGGGAGAGGAUGUUGACUGA